AUGAGAGAGGUACAACUCGACGAACAAGCUGAGGUUCUACUAUCUAAGACUUUCAAUUCACGAGAUUCGACCCCAUUACCUGCUGAGCUCGCAAAUCUCAGCUGCCGUCUUCGUUACUUCCUCUUGGUCUGGACUGUCAAAAUCACCAUCGCAGUACAAUUGGCCUAUUUACGUCUCUUCUAUCCAACGCCUGAAAUCCGACCGACCUUCACCAAAUCCUACCCCUGCCGACCACAGCUUCCUGUACGCAUCUUUGUGCCUAAGUCUCGGCGCGAAGGAGAUCAGAGCUCUCUUCCACUUUACAUCAGCAUUCAUGGAGGAGCAUUUGCGACCUGUGAUGCUUCGAUUGACGAUUCAUUCUGCCAGUCCUGGUGCGAGCGUACGGGGAUGAUAGUGGCAAGUCUCAACUACCGCAAAGCACCAAUCUAUCGGUUCCCUGUCCCCGUGAUCGACGUCGCUGCAGUCGCACGUGCUGUUAUAGACGACGGAACAUUGAAUAUCGACAAAUCACGCAUAGUCAUGGCUGGCUUCAGUGCUGGCGGUAAACUAGCGUUGACAUCUUGCCAGUUGCCCGAGCUGCGGGGCAGAAUUACCGCUGCGAUAUCUUAUUUCCCAAUUGUAGACUGGAGUGCCCCUCCGCAUGUCAAAUGGGCCGAACGACUCUACACGGAGAAGGCGACUGAAUCACUCAAUACUGCUGGUCCAGCCUUGGACUGGGCCUAUGUUCCCUCGGGCCAGAACCGGAAAGCAAAACUGCUUAGUCCUUGUUAUGCCGAAAGAGAAGAACUACCCAAAUGGGUGUGUCUGAUUGGAGCGCAACAUGAUAUGCUCUGUCGUGAAUCUCGAGACAUGAUCUAUUCGCUUGCUGGAGAAGACGUCCCAGAGACAGGUUGGGACCAAGGUUGGGAAAAGGGGACCUAUAAGUGGGUUCUCGCGAUGGGCGUGAGGCAUGGAUUUACCGAUGAGUUUCGAAAGAAACGGGGUCAAGGAUCUGCAAAACGUAGAGAAGUCUGCGAGGAAGUGUAUGCUUCCGUGCAUAAAUGGCUGGAAACCAAGGUUUUCACAACAAAGUCGAGACUCUGA